AUGCCGCAGCUGAGCGACGACGGCGACCUGGGCGCCAGCGACGAGCUCAUCCGCUUCAAGGAUGAGGACGAGCACAAGAGAAGCGGGGACGCCGAGCGGGACCUGGACGAUGUCAAGUCGUCCCUCGUCCACGAGUCCGAGAGCGACAACGGCGCGCAGGCGGCCAGCAGGCGAGCGGGACCCGAACCGGACGAGGCCGAGCGAGCCAGGCACAGCCAGCUCUUUGCAGAAGCACUGAGAAGGCAGAGCGGGGCUUUCUUCCAGCCUUCGCCCUACCUGGGUUACCCCUUCUUUGUGAUCCCGGAGAUGUACGCCUCCUACCUGGCGGGUGGACUGGCGACGGGCGCGUAUCUCCCAUUCCGGUGGCCCUCGCUGGACCUUCCAGGCGGCACGGCGGCAAGAGACUCGCCGGUAAGCCGGGCCGCCGCCCUGGCGACCGCCAUUACGUCGGUGUCUGCACACGCACAGUCUAGCAGCGCUCGUGUCCACCCGGGUCACCACCCGCUGCUGUCCCACCGCCCCGAGGCGUUCUCUGCGCCCCGGCGGCCGUCACCCGACUUUUCCCCUGAUGCAGGAUCGUCACACACAGCCUCUCGGACGCAGCGCACUGUCGAUUGGCCGGAGGCUCGGUCGGCGCACCCGAUGACAGGAGGCGAGUCACCCCUCGCCCUCGACACCUCGUCGGGGCGGGCGGCGAGCGGCUUUCCGGCGAGCGGCUCGCGACCUGUGUCCGUCAAGCAGGAACCCCGGGAGCACGGAGAGAGGAAGUCGUCGCCGGUGGCGGCAGCUGCUCCGCGGGAAGCGGAGGAGAAGGCGAAAGGUCAUAUCAAGAAGCCGCUCAACGCCUUCAUGUUGUUCAUGAGGGACGAGAGGCCCAACGUGGUGGCACAGUGUCAAGUCAAGGAGAGCGCCACCAUCAACCAGAUCCUUGGACAGCGGUGGCAUUCACUGAGCAAGGAGCGGCAGGCCUCGUAUUACGAGCUGGCCCGCAAGGAGCGUCUGCUCCACUCGCAGCUUUACCCGGGAUGGUCGGCGAGAGACAACUACGGCAAGAAGAAGAAGAGGAAGAAAAGCAAGAGCGACAACCAGACUGAUGCAGCCGAGGCCCUGCCGCCCGAUCUGUCUCGCCCGCACCCCGUCUCCCAUCUGACGCACACGCACCUGUCCCAGGCGAGCCCUGCCUCCUCUGCGGACUCGCCCGCCACGCCCGGUGCGGCGCUGGCGUCGCCAGCCGCGCCGGCCCCCACGCGCACCGAACACUCGCGGGCGCGCUCCUCGUCGCCGCUGUACGCCGACCGGCCACUGGACUUGGCGACAAAGCGGCCGCGCCCGGCCUCCUUGGACCCGCCACUCUCCUAA